UUUGGCCCAACGUUAGAUUUUCCUCACAACCUCAUUUCGCCGCACUACAACCUUAAACACUCCCUCCCCGUCUGUCUGUCUGUCUGUCUUCUGUAAUCCCCUCUUCUUCUCAUGUUCCCGGAGCUCCGGCUCCACUAAAGGAGCCCCGGCACAAUAAUUGAAAAAGAACAUUAAAGGAAAAAAGAGCGUAAACCAACGAUUUCCCAUUUAUUAUCUCUCUUCCUAUUUGUAGCCAGAUCUUGAGCCAGAAAGGAGAUGUCGACAAAACCCUGGGGUAACAUCGGAGCCUGGGCCGCCGAUGUCGAAGCCGAAGAGCUCGAGGUUGCGGCGGCUGCUGCGGCUGCGGCCGAGUCCUCGUCCCAGAAAUUCCCUAGCCUCAAAGAAGCCGCGACCGCCAAGCCCAAGAAGAAGAAGAUGACCUUAUCCGAGUUCAACAUGGCCCCCUACUCCGCGUUGUCCGGUGGCCGCGGCUCAACCCAAAACAACCAAGGGUUGACCCCCGAAGAGAUGCUCCGGCUCCCGACCGGUCCCAAAGAGCGCUCUGCCGAGGAAAUGCAGUACGGUGGGCUCGGAGGCGGGUUCUCUUCGUACGGGCGGUCCGGUUCUUUAUCGGGCCGGGGCAGGGACCGGGACGAAGGAGAUGGUUCCUGGGGCGGUGGCUCCCGUAGGCCCUAUGGUGGAUUUGAUCAGGAACGUAGGGGUCCCCCUCCGUCUAGGGUUUCGGAUUUGGAUCAGCCUUCGAGGGCGGACGAGGUCGACAACUGGGCCUUGACGAAGAAACCUCUGCCACCUUCACUCGAAUCGGGUCGGAAUAAUCGGUACGGGUCUCUUGGUGGCGGGUCGAGGGCUGAUGACAUUGAUAAUUGGGCGGUUGGGAAAAAGCCUCUUUCUGCUAAAUCUUCCACAUUCGGCUCAGGAUUUCGAGAUUCAGGUCAGGAGCCCGAACGCUGGACUAGAGGAGGCGGAGGGUUUCGUGAGAGCGACCGGGAACGGCCUAGAUUGGUAUUUGAUCCCCCUAGAGGGGAUUUGGGCGUUAAUGAAACGCCGGUGGUCGUGGUGAAUUCGAAUAAGCCGAACCCGUUUGGUGCAGCACGCCCUAGGGAGCAGGUUUUAGCGGAGAAGGGUUUGGAUUGGAAGAAGAUGGAAUCGGAUAUUGAGGCUAAGAAAGCGAGUACACCGACAAGUGCUCACUCGAGCAGGCCUUCCAGUGCACAGUCAAGCCACUCUGAGGGUCAAGGGCUGCAGCAGGUUUUUGAGAAUGUGGUCAAGCCGAGGCCUAAGGUGAAUCCUUUUGGUGAUGCCAAGCCUAGGGAGGUUUUGCUUGAGGAGCGAGGUAAAGAUUGGAGGAAGAUUGAUCUUGAAUUGGAGCAUCGCAGCGUCGACAGGUCCGUACUAUUGCAUUCUUUCUGACAUUGCAUUGCCAAAUUAUCAAGUGGCUUGGCUAGUGAUUUUGAUACGUUAUCCCAAGCUGGUUGUAUGUCGUCGAGUGGAGCUCGUUAAGAUUUGUUUGCUGUAGAUUAGCCGAAAUAAUGUCAUUGAUUAAUGUGGAAGAUAAGAAUGUGAUGAAUUUACAUGGGGAGGACCCUAUAGUUAUCUUUACAGCUUCGUCAACCUUAAAAAAAAAAGGGCUAUCUUGUAUUUGCUUCCUUAACUUGACCUUUAUUUAUUUAUAGGUACGAUGAAUUUUAUUAAUAAUCAAGAACAAGGAGCAUAGGCAUCAAUUUUGACCUUUUG